AUGAAUUCGGACACUUACUUUAAGCUUCUCAAAAAGUCACAAGUCGUCGAACACUUGGUGCAGUUGAGCUCUCAUGUUGGCCAGAGUGAGCAACAAGUGCGGCGUCUUCAAAGUGAACAAGCAAGAGCUCAAUGUGUACAGGGUCGAGUGUUCUCGGAACUCGAGAGAUAUCGUCGUCAGGUGGUCGACGUGCAGAACCAAUUCUUAGGACUAAUCGAAGCUCUUACAGCACUGUGUAUGCGAGAGGAAGAGCUGCACGGAACAUUACUGGACUUGCAUUCCACGCUGGAGACACAAGCUCUGGCCACGGUAGGUCGUCAAAGAGUGCAGCAACUUGAAGCUAUUUGUGCACGGUACGAGAGACAACUGGUUGGCUCGGAGGCUGCACUCUCGCAAGCAAUCUACUCGGAUGCAGCACGAGAAAGCGCAGUCAAGAACGCACAAUUGGAGGCGAAGAACCAACAACACGAAGCUGACAAUCAGGCACUCCAAGCUCAGCUUGAGCUCGCACGCGGUCAGGUUGCACAUUUGCAAGAACAUCUCACACAGGUUCAUGAACGUCAGACAGCACUCGAACACGUGAAGCAGCAACUUGAACAAGAAUUUGCACGGCAUACAGCAGCAACUCAAAGGUUUGCUGCGGAUCUACAGACAGAACUACGCCGUCGCUACGGUGUUGUGCCGUCAGUUCUGGACAUGAAAUGGCAGCACUACUUACCGCGAUUGAGCCGGCCAUUCUAA